GCUAAAUUUGGUCAAAGAAGUCACCUACACAGAGCGUGUUGUUAGAGCUGUGCUGAGCGGGUGUUUGGGUUGUUGGCUGCUUUCUUCCCCCUUUCUCACACACUUGUAUAUUAUUUUGAGGUGGUGUUCGCAGAGUUUGAAAGGAGAGAGAAUUAAAAAAAAAAGCCGCAAGCGUUUCACUCUUUUAUUUUUAUAAUCCCCUUCAAUUUGGGGUUAAAAAAAAGACAAGAAAACAGGAAGGAAGAAAAAUAAGGAAAUGAGAUGUGGUAAAAGAAGCUAAAAGGUGCCUUUUAAAAGAUCGUUGCUGUGAAGUGAAAAAAAUCUCCAGAGAAACCAAAAAGCACCGCCGAGACCUCUUCCGAACCAAAGGAGUUUGUGUUUGCUUUUAGGGAAGAAGAAAGAUCAUUCAUUCGGAGGAAUAACAACCAAUUAAAAGACAAAUAAAAAAAGUUUGGAGUGGGACGCAGAGCGAGCGAGAGGAGCUGCCGGCGGGCGGUGGGGCGCGGAGCCCGCACUUUCCCGGCCGGGUGAGCGGCGGCCGCGGCGCCGGGCUCGGCGGGUGCGCCUCGGCGGAGCGAACGUCGGAGCGUUGCCUUGGGAGACGCGCGCCGGACAAUGCCCGCGGCGGGCCAGUGACGCCCGCGGGGAAUGCGGAGCGGCCCGGCAGCCGGCACCCAGCCGCCGCCGCGCGUUCCUGCCGCCCGUGUCACGCGAGACCCGGCGGGGGCCGGGACCGCCCGAGCCGCCCCUCAGACCGAGCCGGCCGCCUCCGCUGCCGCGGCCGCCUCCUCUUCGGGGUCAUUAAAGCCAAUGAGCCGCGCGCCUCUGCCGAGCGCAGCCAACUAAAUCGGCUUGGAUGAUUCGCGACCUGAGCAAGAUGUACCCGCAGACCAGACACCCGGCACCGCAUCAGCCUGCUCAACCCUUUAAAUUUACAAUUUCCGAAUCCUGUGAUCGGAUUAAGGAAGAGUUUCAGUUUUUACAGGCUCAAUACCACAGUCUGAAGCUGGAAUGUGAGAAACUCGCCAGUGAGAAGACAGAGAUGCAGCGGCAUUAUGUCAUGUAUUAUGAAAUGUCCUAUGGGUUGAAUAUAGAAAUGCACAAGCAGGCAGAGAUUGUCAAGAGGCUGAAUGCUAUCUGUGCACAAGUCAUUCCUUUCCUGUCCCAAGAGCACCAGCAACAAGUGGUGCAGGCUGUGGAACGGGCCAAGCAGGUGACCAUGGCAGAACUGAACGCCAUCAUUGGGCAGCAACAACUCCAGGCCCAGCAUUUAUCACAUGGACAUGGUCUCCCCGUACCUCUGACUCCACACCCUUCAGGGCUCCAGCCCCCUGCCAUUCCACCCAUCGGUAGCAGUGCCGGGCUUCUGGCCCUCUCCAGUGCUCUAGGAGGUCAGUCCCAUCUUCCAAUUAAAGAUGAGAAGAAGCACCAUGACAAUGAUCACCAAAGAGACAGAGACUCCAUCAAGAGCUCUUCAGUAUCCCCAUCAGCCAGUUUCCGAGGUGCUGAGAAGCACAGAAACUCCACAGACUACUCUUCAGAGAGCAAAAAGCAGAAAACUGAAGAGAAGGAAAUUGCAGCUCGUUACGACAGCGAUGGUGAGAAAAGUGAUGACAACUUGGUGGUUGACGUUUCCAAUGAGGAUCCAUCUUCCCCUCGAGGGAGCCCAGCACAUUCCCCCAGAGAGAAUGGCCUAGACAAGACACGCCUGCUCAAGAAAGAUGCCCCGAUUAGUCCAGCCUCUAUUGCAUCUUCCAGCAGUACUCCCUCCUCCAAAUCCAAAGAACUUAGCCUUAAGAGGGAUAUGGGGAAAUUGAGUGAAACACGUCUUAGCGAAGAUGAACAAUGCACAUUGGGGUUACAGAGAUGGUUUUGUCGCCUGUGGUUUAUGAAUGAAAAAUCUACUACUCCCGUUUCAAAGUCCAAUACCCCUACUCCACGAACUGAUGCGCCCACCCCAGGCAGUAACUCUACUCCCGGAUUGAGGCCUGUACCUGGAAAACCACCAGGAGUUGACCCUUUGGCCUCAAGCCUAAGGACCCCAAUGGCAGUACCUUGUCCAUAUCCAACUCCAUUUGGGAUUGUGCCCCAUGCUGGAAUGAACGGAGAGCUGACCAGCCCCGGAGCGGCCUACGCUGGGCUCCACAACAUCUCCCCUCAGAUGAGCGCAGCUGCUGCCGCCGCCGCUGCUGCUGCUGCCUAUGGGAGAUCACCAGUGGUGGGAUUUGAUCCACACCAUCACAUGCGUGUGCCAGCAAUACCUCCAAACCUGACAGGCAUUCCAGGAGGAAAACCAGCGUACUCCUUCCAUGUUAGCGCAGAUGGUCAGAUGCAGCCUGUCCCUUUUCCCCCCGAUGCCCUCAUCGGACCUGGAAUCCCCCGGCAUGCUCGCCAGAUCAACACCCUCAACCACGGGGAGGUGGUGUGCGCGGUGACCAUCAGCAACCCCACGAGACACGUGUACACGGGUGGGAAGGGCUGCGUCAAGGUCUGGGACAUCAGCCACCCAGGCAAUAAGAGUCCUGUCUCCCAGCUCGACUGUCUGAACAGGGAUAACUACAUCCGUUCCUGCAGAUUGCUCCCUGAUGGUCGCACCCUAAUUGUUGGAGGGGAAGCCAGUACUUUGUCCAUUUGGGACCUGGCGGCUCCAACCCCACGCAUCAAGGCAGAGCUGACAUCCUCGGCCCCCGCCUGCUAUGCCCUGGCCAUCAGCCCUGAUUCCAAGGUCUGCUUCUCAUGCUGCAGCGACGGCAACAUCGCUGUGUGGGAUCUGCACAACCAGACCUUGGUGAGGCAAUUCCAGGGCCACACAGAUGGAGCCAGCUGUAUUGACAUUUCUAAUGAUGGCACCAAGCUCUGGACAGGUGGUUUGGACAACACGGUCAGGUCCUGGGACCUGCGCGAGGGGCGGCAGCUGCAGCAGCACGACUUCACCUCCCAGAUCUUUUCUCUGGGCUACUGCCCAACUGGAGAGUGGCUUGCAGUGGGGAUGGAGAACAGCAAUGUGGAAGUUUUGCAUGUCACCAAGCCAGACAAAUACCAACUACAUCUUCAUGAGAGCUGUGUGCUGUCACUCAAGUUUGCCCACUGUGGCAAAUGGUUUGUAAGCACUGGAAAGGACAACCUUCUGAAUGCCUGGAGAACACCUUAUGGGGCCAGUAUAUUCCAGUCCAAAGAAUCCUCAUCGGUGCUUAGCUGUGACAUCUCCGUGGACGACAAAUACAUUGUCACUGGCUCUGGGGAUAAGAAGGCCACAGUUUAUGAAGUUAUUUAUUAAAGACAAAUCUUCAUGCAGACUGGACUUCUCCUCCUGGUAGCACUUUGCUCUGUCAUCCUUUUUGUUCACCCCCAUCCCCGCAUCUAAAACCAAGGAUUUCAGAUACUCAUUGCAGUUGUGGAGUUUAAUCCCCUUUCUUAACCUCACUUCCCACUUGCUAUUGAAUUGUGAAUAGUCAUUAAAAACCUGUGAUACCAAAUCUUCAGCUGUCUACUUGGAAGAACAUGGAAUAAGCAUACUUAACAGUGAAAAGAAUCUUUAAUUAUGUAUUAUAUCUGUAAUAUAUUUAUUUUGUUUAAAGAAGGCUUUCUAACAAUGACUGACUAAAUAAAGCUGUCUGCUCCUGCAUUGAUAAUGAAGGUGCGUUGUAUUUGAUACCCCUCCCCCCCUUUUUUUGGCAAAGGAGGGGAAAGGAAGGUUUAAAAUAAUUGAUUUAAAAUGUCACUAAGUGUAGACUGAUGACUGUAUAGAGAUGUGAAAUGUAUAAUUACACAUGGAAGCAAUAUGUUGCUGUGUUGUUAUUAGGUUUUUUUGUUUUUGUUUUCUACAUCUUUUAAAGACUUUUGGAAAUUUGGCUGAACAAUUAGAACACAACAGGCCAACUCAUACUCAUUUGGAUCUAUUUAGACAACGUUAACCAAUAUAUCUAUAGCUUUAGAUUAUAUUCGAUAAAAGUAAUUGGACUUUUUUUCUUUUUUUGACUCGUUGACAAGUGUCUUUGUAAUAUGUUUUUAGUUCCCUUUUUUUGUUGUAUUAUAGGCAGAUGAACAAAUUAAAUUUGGCCUCAAAGAGAGAACUUACUCCCUUCUGGAUAUUUUUGCCACAUUUCUUUGCAAAAGGAGAUAUAUAUAUCUUUAGUCAGUUUUGUUGUUAUGAGAAAUUAUGGGUUAUUUUGUGGCAUGCUCUUUGGGAGCUGCACAGUUAUGGGGAGGACUCCCACUGCUGUGCAAGUUAAGUCUUUUACAAAACAAGGACAGCAGAGGAGGGUUUGCAGAGACCUCCCUCUGAAAAACACAAAGAAUGGACUCUCUCCUGGGAUGAGGACUUGCUUUCUUUACCUCCGGUUCUUUCCAUGUCUUAGUUGGAUGUCCCUGAAAUGGACACAGGCUGUGCCAUUGUGCCAGAAACAUUGUGUUAUCUUUUAUGUUGUUGUUGUUGCUGUUAAACUAUAAUAUGUGACUUCUUUUUUUAUUAUUUUUUGUUUGAAUGCUUUAAAAAUCUUUUAAGUCUGUGGAUCUGCUGAUGUACAGUGCCUUUGCUGCUAUGGAUCAAAAUCAAAAGAACCGUGUAGAUAUACUUUAUUGUAUAAGUAGAAAAUUACUUAAUUUCAUACUAGAAAUGGAUGGAUGCUGCAAGUUGAAAUGGACUGUCCAUUGACGUUCCUAAUGUGGUAGCAGAAAAAAAAAAUGGUGUCUUAAGUGCUUAGUGUUUGAUGUCAUUAACAGUUUCGUAAAACUCUACAGUGUAGAAAGAUUUUGAUACUAAACUGUGCGUUGUACAUAGUUCUAAUGCAUUGUAUUGACCACCAGUACUUCUAUAAUGGUAGAUUGUUUGUGAAUUCAGACUUUUAAGCAUUAAACAUAAAUAACUUCUA